GUAUGCGACUAUGGCAACCACAGAGUCCUUAGGUGGGAGCUCUCAUCCGAUGGUCUAUCGGCCGCUUCUGAGGCCGGACAGCUCGUCGCUGGUGAGAAGGAUAGUAUCCUCGAAACUACCCAAGAUCCCCGGAUGGGUUCUCUGGUCACCUAA